CACACACGCACAUAUUUCUAUAUAUGACGUUUCUUGCAUUCAGUCCACACACAUUGCAUCAUGAUAUUUCUCUCUUCUUUAGGGUUAUUGGCGUGCUUUGUUGCAGCAUCUCAGGCCAUAGCGCCUCCCCAGCUACUCGACUAUGAAAUUGGAUUUGGAAACAUCAGCCAUGGCAGAGUCUCCUUCCGCUCGAAAUAUAUUAAUCAGGCUGGUAGGAUUUUCAACUACAGACCAGCUGAACCGGUAAUUGCUCUUACAGCUACCAACACAGUUCCAGAAUUGGCUGUUACUAAGGCAGCCCAAAUCAUGAUAAAGAUGGUGAAGUAUAUGCCUGUUGAGGUAUUUCAAGGCCUUACAAGAUCAUUAGGCGCUGGUCUGUUUUCAAGGACGGAGGGUCCGACCAUCUACCCAGAAUAUGAAAACCUCGCCGACCGACCUGAAUGUUAUAGAAAAUGUAGCGGUGCUUGCUCCAUUACGUGUACAUUUGAUGGACGCAAAUGGCAACAUAUCGCAGGCAUUUCUGGUACCCGUUCACUGUGUUUGGAUGAUAUCGUGUUAUGUAAUAAUAAAGACCCUUACGGUCACAAAGAGAAUAUUUUCUCUCAUGAAUUCGCUCAUCUAGUCAUGAGAUAUAUGCCAUUAGCAUGGCGUUCAAAAAUUACGAACGCUUACAAUCAGGCAAAACGCUACGCGACUUGGAAAUUAAGCACUUACGCUAUGGCUACUGAAUGGGAAUACUGGGCCGUAGCGUCGGAAGCGUUCUUCUUUGACGUAACGAGAACAGAUGUUACAGGCGGUUUAAAUAUGUGUGGGACGAAUCGCCUCUGCCCCACUGAAAUGGCAGCCAGAGAUUAUAUCAGGCGCCAUGAUCCUCAAUUAUUUGAGGUUCUCUCAUAUGCUUACACAAAUAGCAGGCCGACCAUUCCUGGUCGAUUAAAGGUGUGCGUUUAGACUGAUGUAUGAUGUGGUACUUCUUCCAUACAAACACCUCAUAAUGUGCAUUGCUCGGGAAUUCAGAGUUUUAUUAACCUUGGAAGCCUUGGAAACAGAAGAAGUAAAGAUUUUUAUAUUUGAAAAUAAGAGUUAUUG